AUGUCGGAUAAAAGAAAAUCUUUCGCCACACCAAUAUCAAAAACAUCGAUUACUAAACGACAGUCGUCAGUACCGGCUACAACAUCAAAAUUACCUAGAAUUCCUACCACAUCGAUUAAAGAAAAAAAUGUUCUUGGGCGACCUAGAAUCAAUAACAACUUUACGGUUAUUGGUGAAGGAGACAGAACAAUUAAGAAAGCAGGCGUUUCUGGCCCUGAAUUCGAAUCUCUUAACCGCCAGAUUGCUUACGGUAGAUUCUUGCGCACUAUGCUCGAAGAUUGCUUAGUUGAAGAAAAAAUAGAACGUGAAGAAACACAAAUGGACAUUCAAAUGGCUCAAUUAGCUGACAGAUUUAAAAAAACCAUGGACCAGCUAGACAAAACAAAUCGAAGAUUGAAGGAAAUAUCUUUUGUUGUUGAACAGAAAAGGUUACUUGAUCUCAAAUCUCAAGAUUACACCAAGUUUCAUGAAAUAUCAAAAAACUCAAAUGCUGAAAGUAUUUUAACUGAUCUUGCAGCAACAGAGCAAACACUUCUAGAUAAACUAGAAACAAAAAAUGUUGAUUUUGGUUACGACAAAGAGAGUGGACAUAAGCAGUUACUAGAUGCUGUUAAUGAUGCAAUAGAAGGCUUAGAAGAAAUUAAGAAACAUUCUAACUUAGAUAUAAACAAGUUUAAAGAGUAUAAAAAGAUUAAAACAAAUCUCAAUGUAUUGGAAAAAGUGAAAUUAGACUUAGUGAGUUUAAAGUCCAACUUUGACUCUAAAUUUCCAAAAUUUAGUGAGAGAUUACUGAAAGAGGCAUCUGAAAAAAUUGCAAUGAUGAUGAACAAUGAUGAUGAUGAGGAUGAUGAUGAGGAUGAUGAUGCAGAUGAUUGA